AUGUUCUGCCCCAAUGAGUUGGCUGAUGUCCCUUUUUCUCUCCUCUUGUGUUUUUCAGCUUAUGGGGACGAGGAGGAAUUUAAGGCUGAUGACAAGAUCGAUGAGGAGCACCUGCAGGACGACGGCCUCUCCUUAGACGGCCAUGACGGCGAGUACCUCUGCAACGAGGAUGACGACGCCGGGGACCGAUUCAGCUUCCAGAACUCCCCGCUCAGCAAUGGGACCAACCCAGACGCCGGCUAUGCCUCUCCGCUCAGUGAUGCCAGCGACCAGCUUAUUGACUUCCAGAGUACUCCCUCCAAGGACGGACUUGAUAAGGAGGAGGAAGAGGCAGUCAGAGGAGAAGUAGAACACCUGAAGGUCCCCAACGGCCUGUCUCUGCAGGACAGCCUGGCGCAGAUGAAAGCCGUCUAUGCUAACCUGAUCUCUGAAGCCUCUUGGUCCAGCAUCACCAUGGACAUGCUGAGAAGUAACAGCAACAAGGUCAGCAGUGUGAUCAGCAACAGCAAUGGAAGCAGCCACAAGGGGAGCAACGUUAUCCUUAACAGUCAUGCUAACAGCCUUGUGAACAAUAAUAACCACAGCAACAGCAGCAGUGGCACCUCUGCCCCUACCAACACUACCAGCAACACUAGUGCUACAAGCACCGCUAAUACUACCAACACUGGCAACACAGGUGGAGUGGCCUACGACUGGCACCAAGCAGCUUUGGCCAAAACUUUUCAGCAUACACCAUACAAUCUCCUCCCCGAGCCAAGCCUCUUCAGCACUGUGCAGCUGUACCGGCAGAACAACAAGCUCUACGGCCCGGUAUUCACCGGUGCCAGCAAGUUCCGGUGCAAGGAUUGCAGCGGAGCCUAUGACACAUUGGUGGGGCUCACGGUGCACAUGAGUGAGUCAGGCCACUACCGUGAUGACAACAAAGACAAGGAGGAGGAGCGGGGAAAGAGGUGGUCCAAGCCCCGUAAGCGCUCCCUCAUGGAGAUGGAAGGAAAGGAGGAUGCUCAAAAGGUGCUCAAGUGCAUGUACUGCGGACACUCCUUUGAAUCCCUGCAGGACCUGAGCGUCCACAUGAUCAAAACGAAACACUACCAGAAAGUGCCUCUAAAAGAACCCAUGUCAGCCCUCGUCUCAAAGCUGGUGCCCCCUACCAGAAAAAGAGCAUUUCAGGACUUGGUGUCCCCAUGCUCACCGGAGUCUGUCCACAACACACCUGGUGUACACCUGGGAGAGACCUCAAAAGACCAGAAAGUGGUUAACCCCUAUGUCACAGCAAAUAACCGCUACGGCUACCAAAAUGGCGCCAGUUACACCUGGCAGUUUGAGGCGCGUAAGGCCCAGAUCCUCAAAUGCAUGGAGUGUGGGAGUUCCCACGACACCCUGCAACAACUGACCGCCCACAUGAUGGUCACAGGACACUUUCUGAAAGUGACCAACUCAGCGUCCAAAAAGGGGAAGCAGUUGGUGUUUGACCCUGUGGUUGAGGAAAAUAUACAGUCCAUUCCUCUCCCUCCGACCUCUACACGACUCCCGGUUCCCAAUGUGAAGUCACAGCCUGAUUCUCCUCCCUUGCACUCCUCCUCCACUGAAGAGAAAAGGGAGGAGCAUGAGGAGAACAUGAAGAUGAGUGAACCAGAGAAGAAGAUCAAAGAGGAGAAAGAGGAUCCGACUGAGAAAUGCGAGAAACCAGGCAAGGCUGGACAUUACAAGUAUCUCACAGAGGAAGACCUAGAGCAGACUCCCAAAGGAGGUGUGGAUAUCCUGAAGUCCUUAGAGUUCACUGUGUCAAGUGCAAUCAUCAAGGCCCAGACUGGGACGCCCACCUGGGGUGGUGCUGGCUACCCUAGCAUCCACGCUGCCUACCAGCUCCAUGGGUCUUUGAAGUCCUCCAUGCAGAGUGUCCAUGUGGUUCAACCCUUGUUCAGCACUAGCAGCUUGAAGAUGAUGUCCUCUGACUCCAGCAAUCUGAUCCACUCUCCGAGCAGCCCUUCCCCACCUCCAAGCCACAAGAACAAUGUGUUGGCCAUGGAAGAGCUGGUGGAAAAAGUCACAGGGAAAGUCACUGUGAAGAAGGAGAAGGAGGAAAAGGCCUCUGAAAAUAAAUGCAAAGCGAGAUCUGCCAAGUCACCCUCUCCACUGUCCAAGGAGAGGAAGGGCUCACCCAAGGUGGAUGGCCUCAACAAGCCAGGGAAAAACGUUGCCGUAGAGGAUCAGAGUGAGCCUAGAAGCAGAGAGGGAGAGGCAAAAGACAACAAAGCAGAUUUGUCAACGAAGAACGGAACAGACGUGCCAAAAACGGCAGUUGGCAACAGCUGUAACAGCUUGGGAAUCAUCACUGAUCACUCACCGGAGCAGCCUUUUGUCAACCCCCUCAGUGCGUUGCAGUCCAUCAUGAACAAUCACUUGGGAAAGGCCUCAAAGACGGCCACACCCUUUCUAGAUCCUCUGUCGAAGCUGUACAAGAUCAGUAACAGCAUGCUGGAGAAGCCCAUGAACAUCUCCACUCAGGUCAAACAAGUUCAGUCAAUCAAUCGAUUCUAUGACAACAAUGACCAGCCCAUGGACUUGACGAAAUCCAAAGUCACUAACGGACUAACUGCGAACAGCACCUCCACUACGCUAAACAGCACUACCAACUGUAAUACCAAUAACAGCAACAGACCCAUCCUCUCAAGCUUGUCUGAAUCUCUGUCGUCCCAAAAUGCUUUGAUGGACAUCUCCGACAUGGUCAAGAACCUGACUGGCCGUCUGACGCCCAAAUCCUCCACUCCGUCCUCCAUCUCGGAGAAAUCUGAUGCGGACAACAGCGCCUUCGAGGAUGGCUUGGAGGAGCUCUCUGCAGUCCAGAAAAGGAAAGGCCGGCAGUCCAACUGGAAUCCUCAGCACCUCCUCAUCCUUCAGGCCCAGUUUACCUCCUGUCUUCGGGAGACGUCUGACGGCAAGUUCGUCAUGACUGACCUUGGCCCCCAGGAGCGGGUCCACAUCUGCAAGUUCACCGGUCUCUCCUUGACCACUAUCUCCCAUUGGCUGGCCAACGUGAAGUACCAGCUGAGGAGGACAGGCGGGACAAAAUUCCUGAAGAACAUUGACUCGGGCCAGCCCCUGUUUCUGUGCAGUGACUGUGCCUCUCAGUUUAGGACUCCUUCCUCUUACAUAAACCAUUUGGAGUCCCACUUAGGCUUCAGCAUGAAGGACCUCUCCAAGCUUUCAAUAGAUCACAUUAGGGAGGAGCAGGCAGUUACCAGAAUGAUAACAGAGAAGACUUUCAGUUCCCUGGGACUUACCGAGGAAGACUCAGGCUCUGUAUUUCAGUGCACGCUCUGCAAUCGGACCUUUGUCAGCAAGCACGCGGUCAAGCUUCACCUUAGCAAAACACAUGGCAAGUCGCCGGAGGACCACCUCAUCUUUGUCACUGAACUAGAAAAGUUUGAUAAAGCCUAAAUGAGGUGGAGAAAGCUGAUGGCAUGACUGAUUACUGAAUCGUUGCACUAUAUCUCAAUACUGCACUGCAUCUCAACUGAGACUUCGGAAUCAGUCCGAAGUAACUGCUGUCAUAAAACUGGGCCAUGUUCUGUUUUGGAUUUCAGUUGUCUUUUAUUUUUCAACACACAUUUAGCAGAUCGUUUCUAUGAUCUUUAGGAUCUUUUGUCUGUGCAUGUUUUUCAGUGAAUUAAGAUUAAACCAACGUUUAAAAAAAAUGUUGACACAAACACACAUUCUGAAAAUGUAUGAUUGAUAUGAAGGUUUUUUGUUGUUUUCAACUAAUCAUAUUGAAAAUACAUUUUAAGAGAAAAAGUAAGAAGGAUUUCUGCACUUGGGCUACUAUGAAGAGGUACACAUUAGGAUUGUUCAAAUAAACUCCAUGGCACGAUGAUAUUUCAACGUUUAGAUUCUCACUUCUCCUGAUCACCUCAAAAUUGCAUAUGGGGUAGAACAUGUUAAAGGAUGAAAUGUAGGCCUAAUGACAAACUGCAGAAAGAACAGAAUACUCAUGAAUAUGUUCAGCUUUUCUCUGCAUAUUUGUUUAACUAAUCAAGUAUUAUUUACUGGUGGUAUUGCCAUAUUUGCUUUGAUACCAGUUGUAUUUUUAUGAUUGUGUGCCGCUUCAGUUUCAACUUGUAAAUUAAGUUUUAAAACUGAUAAAUAUAUAAAUGAUCAGCAAGUAUGUGUAAAUGUAUGUAAACAUAUCUUGCUAUUGGCAGAAGCUCAACAUUCUUUGUACUGUGUGCAUUUUUAUAUUGUCACUUUAUAGAAAAUAUGGAAAAAAUAAAUAACUAUGUACUGUAUAUAGGUAUAAAUAUAUACAGUAUAUAUAUAUAUAUACUGUAGAGCCAGAACAUGUCCUUUUUCAAUGAAAAGUAGGUCCUUCGUUGUGGUUUACAUGAUUAAAUAUAACUACAUGGCCAUCUCUUCUGAUGCAUGGUACUGUAUGUUAAAAUAAACAUGCAAUGCACAAUAAAUUAUACAUUUCAAUGUUUUAUCAUUAAUACUGUUCAGAAUUCUAUCCUCUAAAUCAUGAAAGUAUUGUUUUUUUUCUGCAAUUGUAAAAUAAACUCUAA